AUCAGGGGCGCGGGCGCUACAAUCGCCAAGCCCGCCUUCUCCUCCUCCUCCUCCUCCUUUCCCACAAACUCCGGCGUCUGCGGCGGCUGCAAGCGAGAAAGCAACCGGAGCAGCUCUGCGUGUUAAGCGCACACACACACACACGUGUUGGCCUCGUGAAGCAUGGAAUUCGAGGAGCUGGGCAUCGGGGAAGAAUGCGGGGUCUUCGGCUGCCUCGCCGCCGGAUUAUGGCCCACCGAGCUGGACGUGCCCCAUGUGAUCACGCUGGGGCUGGUGGGGUUGCAGCACAGAGGCCAAGAGAGUGCCGGGAUUGUGACAAGUGAUGGAGAAUCAGCCCAUUCUUUCAAAGUGCACAAGGGAAUGGGUCUUGUUAAUCACGUGUUCAGCGAAGAUAGUCUGAAGAAGCUCUACGUUUCAAAUCUUGGAAUCGGCCAUACAAGAUACUCUACCUCUGGGGUGUCUGUCCUUGAUAAUUGUCAACCGUUCGUGGUGGAAACUUUGCAUGGGAAGAUUGCGGUCGCCCACAAUGGAGAGUUAACAAAUGCAAUGCGACUGAGGAGAAAGUUAAUGCGUCAUGGAGUGGGAUUGUCUACCAGUUCUGAUAGCGAACUCAUCACUCAACUGUUGGCAUUCACCCCACCUUUAGAGGAAGAUGAUACACCAGAUUGGGUGGCCAGGAUUAAAAAUUUGAUGAAUGAAACCCCCACUUCAUAUUCACUUCUGAUGAUGCAUAAAGACAUUAUUUAUGCGGUUCGUGAUCCCUAUGGCAACCGUCCUCUUUGUAUCGGCCGCCUUGUUCCAGUAGGUGAUAUCAGUGGAAAAGGGAAAAACAAUGCUGAAACUGAAGGCUGGGUAGUUUCUUCAGAAUCCUGUAGCUUUUUAUCUAUUGGUGCAGAAUAUUAUCGGGAAGUCAUGCCUGGAGAGAUUGUGAAAAUAUCCAGACAUGAUGUCCAAACUUUGGAUAUUGUACCGAGGCCUAAAGGAGAUCCAGCAGCAUUCUGCAUUUUUGAAUACGUGUACUUUGCAAGGCCAGAUAGCAUCUUUGAAGGCCAGAUGGUAUAUUCUGUAAGAAGGAGAUGCGGUCAGCAGCUUGCUAUUGAGGCCCCAGUGGAAGCAGAUUUGGUUAGCACAGUUCCAGAAUCUGCAACUCCUGCAGCCCUCGGCUAUGCACAGAAGUGUGGCCUACCGUACGUUGAAGUGCUUUGCAAAAACAGAUAUGUAGGAAGAACUUUCAUUCAGCCAAACAUGAGGUUAAGACAGCUGGGAGUGGCCAAAAAAUUUGGAGUCUUGUCAGACAACUUCAGGGGAAAGCGAGUUGUCCUUAUUGAUGAUUCGAUUGUGCGAGGCAACACUAUUUCCCCUAUAAUUAAACUAUUGAGAGAAUCUGGUGCUAAGGAGGUGCACAUCCGUGUGGCUUCACCUCCAAUAAAGUUUCCGUGUUACAUGGGAAUAAACAUUCCAACAAAAGAAGAACUUAUUGCAAACAGGCCUGAAUUUAAAGACCUAGCGGGCUACAUAGGCGCUGACAGCGUUGUUUACCUCUCAGUAGAAGGAUUGGUUUCGUCUGUUCAAGAAAGCAUAAAAGCAAGACAAGACCAUGAAAAUAACCUAAAAACGAACAAGUUCAAAAGCGGGAAAAUCGGCCAUUGCACAGCUUGCCUUGUUGGAGUAUAUCCAGUGGAACUGGAGUGGUGAAUUUUGUGAAUGUUAUCACCAAAGGCUUAAAGCUUGGAACUGAUGAAAUGUUGUGUUGCUGCUAAGCAAGUAAUCAAACCACUCACAUUUGCCUAAAAACCUUAUUUGGAGAGGGAUAAAAAAAAAAAAGGAGCAAAAAAAAGAAUAAAUUUUAAAACAAUCACGCAAUAGUUGCUAUAGUUGGUGGGAGGGGAGUUUGAAUGGGUAAAAGACCUGGCAAAAACUCUUGAUUCCAUAGGUGGCCUUAAUCUUUGCCAAGAAUCUUUGAUGGAGAUCACCUAAGGCUUUCCCUCACAAUAAUGUAGGUUUCUUAACAAUGACAUUGUAAGAGGUUGUGAGCCGUUAAGCCAUCUGACAUUUUAAGCAGUGUUCAAUUAUUAUUUUAAAAAUGUGAAUUUGAUCUUAAAUCAACAAACAGAUCUUUCAAGUUUCACUUGUCGCUGGUUUUAUCUGGCAAUACGGAAUCCCUGUUUUGUAUAGACGGAGCGUUUUUUUUUUUUUUUUAAAGCCGCAACUUUGAUCUAUAAAUCUGCUACCAAAGACUGAAUAUUAUUUUUAUAUAGUGCUUGGUUGAGACAAGGAGCCUCAGGGAACUGCUAAACAAAUAGCAUCUAAUGCCUUCAGCAUUAAUUUAAAAAAAAUAAUAAUAAUCUGGAAAAUAUACCUUAGAAAAGUUGCUUAUUAAGGAGGUGCGCCAGGAAAAAAAAUAUCUUCUUUCAGAUUCAGUGCUUAAAUGUUGACUUCUUUUGCUGCAACCUCCAAGCACUGAAAAAUUAACACACAACUUUAUUUCAAUUCUCGUAACAAAUUUAAGGAUAAUUAAUAUAUUUUGCUAGUUUUAAUCAUUUCAUUUUAAAUAUAAAAGUUCAUUUUAUUCAUGCAGAUUAUUAUUCUAUUUAAUAAUAGUUUGGGGGGGGGGGUGUAUUUGGAAUGAAAGCCAAUUCAUGUAUAUAAUUCAGAUGACACCUCUGAUUUCAAGUCAAAAAUAAGUCUGUUCCUACUCCAAAGCCCUAACCACUA